AUGUCACCACUCAGCCAAACUACUGAGAACCACCAGAACUUCUUCACACUGACUGGGAUUCCAGGAAUGCCAGAGAAAGACUUAUGGAUGGCCUUGCCCCUCUGUCUUCUUUACAGCACCACGAUCUUGGGAAAUGUCACCAUCCUUGUUGUUCUCAAAGUUGAGCAAAGUCUCCAUGAGCCCAUGUAUUAUUUUCUAGCCAUGUUAGCUGCCACUGACCUCAGCCUUUCACUGUCUUCCAUGCCUACCAUGGUCAGUGUUCACUGGUUCAACUGGCAUUCAAUAACUUUUAGUGGCUGCCUUAUUCAGAUGUUCUUCAUCGACACAUUUAGGGGAGUAGAAUCAGGUGUUCUCGUGGCCAUGGCCUUUGAUCGCUUUGUGGCCAUCGGCUUUCCUUUGCACUAUGCUACCAUUCUCACUCACAGUGUCAUCAGCAAGAUUGCAGCAGCAGUCCUGCUACGGAGUGUGGGGACUGUGCUCCCCGUGCCUUUGCUCAUCAAAAGGUUACCUUUCUGUCACUCCAGUGUCCUCUCCCAUGCAAGCCUCCAUCAGGAUGCCAUGAGGCUUGCCUGUGCUGACACCAGUGUCAAUAGCAUCUAUGGCCUGCUGGCUGUGAUCUUCAUCAUUGUACUAGAUGCCUUGAUACUUUUGGCCUCUUACAUUCUAAUCCUCCAGGCAGUAUUGAACAUUGCUUCCCAGGAAGAGAGGCUCAAGGCUCUCAACACUUGCCUCUCUCACAUCUGUGCAGCGCUGACUUUCUGUGUGCCUCUGAUUGGUAUGACCCUAAUUCAUCGCUAUGGGAAGCAUUUGUCACCACCAAUACACACAUUCAUGGCCAAUAUCUACCUGCUUCUCCCUCCUGUGCUCAAUCCCAUUGUGUACAGUGUUACGACCAAGCAGAUCUGA